UGUAUAUAAAAUACACUCUUUCUUUCUUUCUUUCUUUAUUCACCUCCUCCUUCUCUAUCUCUCCUUUCCUUUCCUUUCCUUUCCUUUUUACUUGUUUUUCUUUAUUUUAAUACGUUCCUUUUCAUCAUGUUUAAAAAGCUAUCAUUUCACCUUCAUAAAUCACAUCCUCAUCAAGAACAACUGAACCGAGAUUCCCUUGUGGAUCCCAAUGCAACCAAGAUCUAUACUGAAGAUAUUGAUCCAUGCCUUGUCAAUGAUUGGAUCAACCCAAAAGACGAUCAUUUAGCUCUCCCUCCUUUAACUAUUGAUCAUGCAAAUCGAACAUCACUUGUCUAUCCAUCACCUGCUUCUAUUCCAUCACCCAUGACACCAGAACCUAUUCAACAACCAGAUGCUGAAAUUGAAUCCCUUGUUCAUCAAGGCAUUUCUUUUCAUGAAAAAGGCCAAUUGGAAAAAGCAACCCAACUAUUUCGAUUAGGUGCUGAAAAAGGGAAUCCUAUUGGCAUGUUUCUUUAUGGUGUGUCCCUUCGUCAUGGCUGGGGUUGCAAAAAAAAUGAACAUAUUGCGUUUCAAUACCUUCAAAAAGCAGCUGAACAUGCUGUUGAAGAUUUAGCUAACAUUACCAACACAGUCAACACAUCUGCUUCUAAAGGUGAAUUAAUCAUGGCCAUUUAUGAACUAGGUGUCUCAUUUAGACAUGGUUGGGGUUGUAAAAAGAACAAGGAAUCUGCUGUUCAGUUCUUCAAGAUAGCGGCUGAUCUAGGUGAUCCAGAUGCACAAAAUGAUUUAGGUCAUUGCUACUAUCAAGGACAAGGAGUUAAGAAAGAUCUUUAUAUGGCUGCUAAAUAUUAUCGUAAAGCAGACAAACAAGGUCAAGGCAUUAUGGGCAAUUCUUGGAUUUGGAAAUCAAAAUACGACCAUCCUCCUAAGAAAUAAACAAAAACACGUGACCUUAAAGAGCAAU